AUGGAGGACGAGGAAGAGGCAGAAGAAAUAGUGACGCAGCACCUGGUAGCCCAUAUAGAGGUCGUGGCCGAGGAAGAGGUAGAGGAGGUCGAGGUCGAGGUCGAGGUCGCGGCGACAACAAUAAUAGAACCACAACAGCCUACUGAGAUGCAACCUCUGACCAAAGUACAAUCGAUAGGCACAGAAGACUCUGAAGUCUGCUUUAUCUGCGCCAGUCCGAUCGAGCACAUCGCAAUCGCACCUUGCAACCAUCAGACAUGUCAUAUCUGUUCCUUGAGGUUGCGAGCACUUUACAAAACUCGAGCUUGUGCUCAUUGUCGAACAGAAUCGCCCUUUGUUGUUUUCACAAAUUCACCUGACAAGCGAUUUGAGGAAUUUGACGACUCGGAAUUUGUCAAGAUCGACCCCAAUCUCGGCAUCAAGUACGAGAAGCAAGAGAUUUUUGAGGACACAAUAUUGCUGCUGCGCUACAAUUGCCCGGACAAGGACUGUGACGCUGCUUGCUUGGGCUGGCCAGACCUGCAUCGUCACGUCAAGUCGAAGCACGGCAAGACUAUGUGUGAUUUGUGUACGAGAAACAAAAAGGUCUUUACUCACGAACACGAACUUUUCACGUUUGGAGAGCUGAGGAAGCACGAGAGGUACGGGGACGAUCGGCCAGGAGAUAUCGAUCAGUCCGGUUUCAAGGGUCAUCCAGAAUGUGGAUUUUGCAAAAAGAGAUUUUACGGUGAUGAUGAGCUCUACACUCACUGUCGUGAGGCUCACGAAAGAUGUCAUAUCUGUGAUCGACGCAAUGGUGGUCGAAAUCCACAGUAUUACCUCAAUUACCAGGAACUGGAGAAGCACUUUGCCGCUGAGCACUUCGUGUGUCUAGAUGCGGAAUGUCAAGCAAACAAGACCAAUGUCUUUGAGUCAGAGAUGGAUCUUAAAGCACAUCAAUUAUCAGAACAUCCUAAUGGAUUGUCCAAGGAUGCACGACGCGAUGCACGUCUAGUCAACCUCUCCGGCUUCGAUCAAUUACGAACACCCUACCAACCACAACGAGGAGGUCGACGAGAACGCGAGGGUCGUGGCAAUGGCCGGGGUAGAGAUCCGAAUGCAGAACCACUUCCUCUCUCAACUGCCCAACCUCAAUCGAGGGCUGAACUUGCUUUCCAGCGUCAGAUGGCUAUUCAAUCUUCUCAAUCAGUCACUAACCGUACCUUUGGCGGUCAACUCACUCAACCGUCGCAACCAUCUCGAACGCCAGCUCAAGCGCCGAUUUCACCUCGACCCGCACAGGCUAAUCCAGUUCCUGGGUUGGAGAACUUGUCUGUCGAUCCAGCAAAUAUGACACCACAAGAAAGAGCUCGCCAAUUGAGACAUCAAGCCGUGACUGAGCGUGCAACAACUCUUCUUCACAAUAAUUCCACCAAGCUGGCUACGUUUCGCACCCACAUCGGCAACUAUCGCAAUGGCAGCGUGACUGCACCCGACCUGAUCGACGCAUUCUUCUCCCUCUUCGACUGUCCUUCUUCCGAGCUCGGAAAACUCAUCCGCGAACUCGCCGAUCUCUACGAAGACGAAACCAAAAGACAAGCUCUUCUAGAAGCCUGGAACAGCUGGCGAAGCAUCAACGAAGACUAUCCAUCCCUACCAGGACCCCACGGCACAGGCAUACCAGGCCAGCCAGGCACCGCCUCAUCCAGCGCAUCCCACAGCUACGCCACGGCGACAACAAGUACCUCCUCCGCCAACCUAGCCGCAACCCUAGGCGCAAACGUAAACUCUGGCCGCCGUGUUCUCAAGCUCAAAUCCAGCACAGCACAAUCCCGUAACGCAGCAGCAAACAACAGCGCCGCAGCCCGCUCCCUCGCAAACCCAGAAGCCUUCCCCGCUCUCUCCGCCGCACGAACCAUGCGCGCCCAGGGCCACGCAGCACCGACUUGGGGCGGCAGCCAACCACAAGUCACAUCCAGCCAUCUGUCCAUCGCACCUCGUCCAACAGUAUCGACUCCAAACCCAGCUAGCUCGAGAAAAGCUACCCUCCCGCCAACAAUGUCUCAGCGUCGAAACGAGGAUUUGUUUCCGAGCCUACCGAAGACAGCAAAACCUAACGUCAUGAUUGGUGGCAUGAAUACUCGUGGCAUUGGCAGGCUGGGUGGAAGUGGUCCAAAUUCUGGUGCGAAUACGCCGAGACUGAAUGCUUGGUCUGCGGCUCCUACACCUGGCGAAGCUGCUCGAGCGCUUGAGAGUGUAGCUGGUGAGGAUAGUGCUGCUGAUGGUAAUGGAGGAGAUGCUGCUGCCAAGGGUAAGCGGGGAAAGAAGAAGGGUCAGCAGAUUGACUUGAGGGCACUGAUGUCGUAG